AUGCUCUGUAAUACCUCUGGAAUUGCUACCCCUCCGGCGACUGUACCAGCACCAGCUGGCCGUCCUCCGGAUCAAGUCUUCUCUCCGCCUCUGUCUCAGCCACCCACGGGAGUCGACCCUGCGAGCUUCCCACCACUCAAUUUUAAGAUGGCACUCGCCGGACCAACUCAGAACUCACCAUCCAAGGCAAAUCAAUGGACUUUCGUCGGAGAGCACGACCUUGAAUCGGGUCUUUUCGGCGGUGAGCCGGAGCUUAAGGUGUCGGAAAAGUUCAAAGAUAGGCUAUGCUCCCCUUGGAAGAAGACUCUUGUAGUCAGACUUCUCGGACGCUCAAUCUCCUACGCCUACUUGUGCUCCCAACUCCGAUGGAAGUGGCGUCCGACCGGUAGGCUGGACAUCUUGGACCUAAACGACCGGACUUUCCUCGUUACCUUCUACAACGACCAAGAUUUCCUCCAUGCCCUCACUGGAGGACCAUGGACGAUCCUCGACCACUACCUUGUUGUACAUCAAUGGUCGCCCUCGUUCAGAACGUCCGACAAACCGCACAAAUCGGUUGUGGCGUGGAUUCAACUGCCGGAGCUCCCUGUCCAUUUCUAUCAUCGGGAAGUCCUUUUUGCUUUGGGCAAUCUUAUUGGCAGAACAGUGAAGCUCGACUACCACACGGAGAAUCUUGAACGUGGUAAAUUCGCCCGCCUAGCUGUGGAAUUGGACAUGACGAAGCCGCUGGCGACGAGAAUUCGGCUUGACGGAUCCUGGCAACCAGUCCUCUACGAGAACUUGCCGGAGAUAUGUUUUGAAUGCGGCAGGAUAGGCCACACGGAGGAAUUUUGCGCCAAAAAAGCAGGAACCACAGCGACUACCAGCUCCAAUGCUGUAGAGACUUCUCUUCCUUCCGAAGAAGCAGCGCCGUCGCCGGAGGUUCCCGCCGGCUACGGGCCGUGGAUGCAAGUCACGAGGAAAAGCAGGAAACAAAAUAGGAAAGUAUCACAAAACCCGGCCAGCAGUCAAUACGAAGAUACCGGCCGCGGUGGUGUUUCAGGGAAGGUGAACCAGAAAACGUCCCAACAAGGUAAGGGUGAUCAAAUCAGGAUCAAUUCGGGUAAGGACGGGAAAGGAAAGACGGUUUCAAAGGCAGUCGAAAGAAAAGGAAACAAUUCGAACCCGAGAAGGAAAGCGGAUGGGAACGGCAACGGCUUUUUGACCGAGAAAACUGCUAUUACGUCUCAGGAAUGGGUGCCUAUUGGGCCGAAGAAAACUGUGGAAGUGUCCCAAGCCCAUGAAGGGGCCUCUAACACAAGUAAGCAGGUGGGGCCAAGCCCAACCAACACUGUGACGGAUCAGACUGUGGAGGCGGGUGGUUCGGGCCCAGCCGCUGGCAGCUCAGCUGCUCAAAUCAUCUUCCCGUCACCAACUGAGAAGAAAGAAAACUCCGAUCCCAAUCGGCCGGUUCCCUCCACUCGCCAUCGAUCGCACAAGCCGAAAUCCCAGCACGCCCAAGUGAAAGCUGUCAAACCAAAAAUCAUGAAGGACUCAUCGAAGAAACCCUUAGCUCAGAAUUCUACCUCGGCGAAGAAGCUCCUGCAAGAGUUAUCAAAACUGCCCAACUUCCCUAUCAACCCUCAGUCCAUCUCUGAGUUUAUGGCGAAUCCGAAGCGGCGGGCAGAUGUCAUCGAGCAACCCGGUGUUGGAAUAGCGAAUGAUCUUACAAUGUCGGACAACAUCGACCAGGCCACGACCACUCCUCCGGCAAUCGAUAACUCAGGGGGCCAUCCGGUCACCGAAUCAUAG